AUGGAGCUCACAAGCGAGGAUGUGCAAGCGCUCGACCUGCUUGCCGCACCCAAGGCGAUUGUCGUCCGCCUGCGGCGGCGCGUCAAGUCCCAUAUCAACCCCGAGAAGACGCUCGAGUCGUUCGCGCUGCGGGACUCUAUCGAGCACUCCCAGCUGGCCGUGUGGUGGGCGUCGAGCGAGGGCACGGAGGAUGCUGACCAUGGCGGGCAUGGACGGGGCCAGCGGCGGUUCGUGAAUGGGGAACUGCAUCUGAGGAGCGACACGAAGCCGUCGAGCGCGAUGGCGCAUUUUAGGAUCGAGGUGCGUUUCCCGGUGGUUCUUUAG